ACUGUGGCUAAGUAAACAUGGCGGAACUGUUAAGAAUUGAAAGUGAAGUUGAACAGUUCAAGACGGAACUCUUGUACAGACACAGGCAAGCAGAGGAGAACAGGCUGAGGGAGAACCAGGCCGCCAUCCAGAUUCAGAGCUGGGUCAGAGCCUGCAAGGUGCGGGCUUAUCUCAGCCAUCUGCACAAGAAGGCAAUCAUUAUUCAGAAGAUAUGGCGGGGCUUCACAGCAAGGGCACAUUUCAGACAAAUGGUGAAGGAGGCAUAUUUUAUCAUGAAGAUGAAUUUCUACGAGGAGAUGGCGGUCAGGAUCCAGCGCAGAUGGAGAGGAUUCUUUGCAAGGAAGUUUAUUCAUAAUUUCUAUGCACGCAAGCGCUAUCUGGAAGGAGUUGCUGCUAACAAUGAACUUGUCAGGAGAGAGAUGGAUGAAAUCGAAGAACUUCAGAAGAGAGAGAGAGACUGUCUGAAGAUGGUGAGAGAGCAGACAGCAAAGGUCUACCAGGCAUACCGGUCACACCACCUCCUCAGUACAAAACAGUGCCCAGGGGUCCUCAACCCUUCAUUCGGGUCAGCCCCCCAAGAGAGGGAACAACUGCAGCAGGUCAAGUACCAGCCCCCAACCAGACUGGCCCCCAGGCGCAAGACUUGUGUCUUGAGCAUGUCUGACCCAGCAGCCCCCAGUUUUCCUGAGAGUCUUGAAUCCCCAUGGAUCAAAACCAAUGGAACUUCCAGUUCUAUACUGCCCCCCAUUGGCAGCAAGAAACAGCAGAAGAUCUGGAAGUAUGCUCUACCAUCAGGAUCUCAGCCAGCCUAUGCCAAGAAAUACAUUUCGUAGAUGACACACAGGCUCCAGGAGGAGUGAUUCAAGACCAACAACAUCUCACACGAGGUCUAUACUUGAAGUAAGACAGAUGUAUGUGACACACUUCCUUCUGGCCUGAGA